UGCAAUGUUUGUAGAUUUCGGAAGACACGCUGUGACGCCCAGAAGCCGUCUUGUGGUUUCUGUACUGAGCUCGGAAUUGAGUGCACCUACCGAAAGCCAACAGUCGGCGACCGCACAAAACCAGUCGGCCCCCCGUCAGAGGCCUGGUCAAGCAUUGAAAGACGACUGGCACAGGUUGAAGCCAAGCUAG